AUGGUUUGUGAGGACUUUGGAACCGAUGUAAACUUGGUCAAUAUCAAGAUGAGUUACUUACCUUCCGAUUUGGUGAUUGGCCUCGACUCACCCACUGUUUUCAUCACCAAUGAUCGGCAACUCAAAAACUUUCUUACAUAUGUGAAGACCAAAGCUUCAACGCGGUUAUGUGUGUGUAUUCGAUCUAAGGUCGGAUUUAACUUGAAUGAAGAGCCUGCUGAGUCGCCUAACAGAGAGGAAGUGGGUAUGUCGUGUGAAGUUUCAGAUGAUAUUGAUGGUGAAGCCGAGCUUGAAGCAGAAGAUGCGAAGAUAGAUGAAAGUGAUGAUGAAAGCAAGUGUGAGAAAGAUAUGAUCAACGGAAGGUCUGUCCGUUUUUCUCUGGUUGAUGUUGUGAAGAAGGGUCAACAUUUUACUAGCAAAACAGCUUUGCAGACAACAAUGGAAAUAUGCGAAAUGAAACAUAAUUUCGACUACACAGUUGGCAAAACGGAUGAUGAUUACCGCUGGCGUGUUCGCGCAGAGGGAUUAACAGGUUCUUCAUAUUUUAUCAUCAAAAAGUAUGUACCUGAUCAUUCAUGUGCUCCAUCAUCAAGGAACCACUCUGUUCGGACAGCUUCAUCAAAAACAGUUGGUAGUCUUAUUAUGCAUAAGUACGAAAGUGUCAAGGAAGGGCCGAAACCUAAUGAUAUCAUCCAGUUUAUGCGUAAUGAUCAUGGAGUUGAGAUAUCCUACUCUUUAGCUUGGGAGGCACGUGAGUAUGCAGUAAAUGUUGUGAAAGGCAUUCCAGAGAAGGGUUAUGAAAAAGUUCCCAAAUACUUGCACAUGAUGAAGGAAGCUAAUCCAGGAUCACACACAUUUUAUGAAACUGAUAGCACUGGGAGAUUCAGAUUCCUCUUCAUCUCAUAUGGUCAGUCUAUUUGCGGUUUUUAUGCUGGUCUUCGGAAAGUCAUUGUUCUGGAUGGAACUUUUUUGAAGAGCAAAUACAAAGGAGUAUUACUGGUUGCUACUGCUUUGGAUGGAAACUCGAACCUAUAUCCUAUUGCAUUUGGAGUUGUCGACUCAGAGAAUAACCGCUCGUGGGAAUGGAAUACUUCACUUGCUAAAGUUCUUGCAAAAGUGUAUCCACAUUCUCAUCAUGGAAUUUGCAUUCACCACUUGCUGAACAAUGUUGUUACAUAUUUUAAGGGUAAAGGUGUCGCUGGUUUGGUUGCAAAGGCUUCUAAAGCUUAA